AUGUCGCAGGAAACGCCCCUCCCCUUCGUCUACCAGUUCGCCGCAGGCGCCAUUGCUGGCGUCUCGGAGAUUCUGAUGAUGUACCCUCUUGACGUUGUCAAGACGAGAGUCCAGCUUCAGACCGGCGUGCCCACCGCUGGCGCUGACCACUACAAUGGCAUGGUCGACUGCUUCCGCAAGAUCGUGCGCAACGAGGGCUUCUCUCGCCUCUACCGCGGCAUCUCGGCUCCUAUCCUCAUGGAGGCUCCUAAGCGUGCGACCAAGUUCGCCGCCAACGACGAGUGGGGCAAGGUUUACCGCAAGGCGUUCGGCGCCGAGAAGAUGAACCAGUCGCUCUCCAUCCUCACGGGUGCCUCCGCCGGUGCUACCGAAGCCGUCGUCGUCGUUCCCUUCGAGCUCAUCAAGAUCCGCAUGCAGGACAAGGCCUCAGCCGGCAAGUAUACGGGCAUGCUCGACUGCGUCUCCAAGACGGUCCGCGCCGAGGGCAUCCUGGCCCUCUACAACGGUCUCGAGAGCACCAUGUGGCGCCACGUCCUCUGGAACGCCGGCUACUUCGGCUGCAUCUUCCAGGUGCGCCAGCUCCUCCCCGCCGCCGAGACGCAGAGCUCAAAGGUCAGGAACGACCUGCUGUCCGGCGCCGUCGGCGGUACCGUCGGCACCAUCCUCAACACGCCCAUGGACGUUGUCAAGUCCCGCAUCCAGAACAGCCCCAAGGUCCCCGGCCAGGUGCCCAAGUACAACUGGGCGUGGCCCGCCGUCGCCACUGUCGCCAAGGAGGAGGGUUUCGGCGCCCUGUACAAGGGUUUCCUGCCCAAGGUCCUCCGGUUGGGACCUGGUGGUGGUAUCCUCCUCGUCGUCUUCACGGGCGUCAUGGACUUCUUCCGCGAGAUGAAGCAGCCUAAGCCCCUGAAAUAG